GGUGGCCCAUCACGUUUUCCUGCCCGCUCCGCUUCCCUGUUCGCAAACACUCAAUGGCAAUUUUCUGCUUCUCAAAUUACCAAUUUACCCCUCCCACAAUCGCAAACCAUCACAAGAAAUGGCAGUGUGGUUUGAGAGACAAAGGUCUCAGCAAGAAACCUUUGUGGCGCACGGCACAUGAUAUGAGCUCCGAGGCAAUGCAGGCGUCCCGGGCGCUCAGGUUAGCAAGCUCUCGCCUUGAGAAGGCGCAGGAUAAAAUCUCCGCGGUCUUCAAGGCGCAGAUCUCGAGGCUACUGAAGUCGGAUGUUCUGGCGCUGCUCGCGCAUCUGCAGAGAUCCGAUAGCUGCGACCUCGCCAUCCAGGUUUUUGAGUAUGCACGAAAGGAGAGCUGGUACAUUCCGGACGUCAUGCUAUUCUAUGACAUGUUGUAUAUGUUGGGAAGAAAUAAAAUGGUGGAAGAAGCUGAGUAUUAUUUUCUACAGCUAAAGGAGGGCCUUACACCAGACACCAGAAUAUACACUGAGAUGAUAGGGGCUUACAUGGAAGUGGGCAUGGUUGAUAAGGCCAUGGACAUGUAUGGAACCAUGAAAGAAUGUGGGUGCAGGCCCACUGAAUUGACAUUAACAGUCCUGAGUAGGAAUCUAAUGAGGUUUGGGAGGGAUGAAUUGGUGGGUGUCAUAAAGGGGGAUGUAAUAGAGUAUGUAGAUGAGUGGGAGGUGUUUUUGAAGAAUUUGGAGCGAAGGAACUAGCUAAGCUUGUGUACUUUUUUAGGGGUGCAUUUGGUUUUGAAGUCCUAUCUAGUCAAUAGUAACCCCUCCAAAGAGGAAAUUUUAAUUAGAUUUGAUUGUUCUUUUCUUUCUUUUGUGAAUGAUUAAUUCCAUUGGUAAGAAAACACACACAAAUUUAGUUAUAGAAGCAUCAUAUGCAUUUCAUUAUCAAUAUUUUACAAGAAAUGACAAAUGCCUUGCCCCACAAAAUGUGAUGAGAUUGGGUUGUAUUCCACAUCA